AUGUUCAAUUUCUUGACGAUUCUACCAUUAUUAUUAUUUUGUACCGCCAGGGUAUCGUCACUGCAAAAUGACAGUUUUGAAGAUUUCUAUAAUUAUGUAAAAAGCAAUCUGGAAUACGCGAAUCGCUAUGUGUUGCCGAAUAAUAAUAGAGAAUUACUUGAAACUAGUGAAGGAACUAUUCAUGUUCUAGGAUCCUACGAUUUCAUCAUCGUGGGCGGUGGAUCAGCUGGAACAGUAUUAGCAAGUCGACUCUCUGAAAUAAAGAAGUGGAAGAUUCUCCUAUUAGAAGCAGGAGGUGAUGAAAAUUCAUUUAGCGAUAUUCCUGGAUUUGGACCCAAUUUGAGAACAAUGAAUUGGGGAUACUACACCACCUCUCAGAAAACAUGCUGUUUAGGAAUGCAAAAUCAGCAAUGCCAGUAUCCGCGUGGCAAAGUUCUUGGUGGAUCCAGUGGAAUCAAUGCUAUGAUGUAUGUAAGAGGUAGUUAUGCAGAUUUCGAUGAAUGGCAAGCUUUAGGAAACUCUGGAUGGUCUUAUCAAGAUGUACUCCCAUAUUUCAAAAAAUCAGAACACAUCGAUAUUUCCGGGUAUGAUGUUGGAUACCAUGGCGUUGGUGGACCUCUCCAUGUGAACUACACCGUAACACCAUCGAUAAUAGCAGAUCCGUUCAUAGAAGCUUGUAGACAAAAGGGACUGGAAGAGGUAGAUUAUAAUGGUCGGAAUCAAAUGGGUGUAUCGAAGAUUCAGUUCAACAUAAAUUUCAAUAAGAGAUCCAGUGGUUCCCGCGCAUUCAUUGAUCCCAUCAAAGUAUCUCGAAAGAACCUACAUAUUAAAUUGAAUGCCAUCGUUGUAAAGAUACUAGUGAAACACAAAGUUGCAUAUGGUGUAGAAUAUAUACAAGGAGGAAAAAGAUACAUAGUAAAAGCAAAAAAAGAAGUGAUACUGUCAGCAGGAAGUAUUAAUAGUCCCCAAUUGUUGUUAAUAUCUGGACUUGGACCAUUGAAAGUACUAUCAAAACUGGGCAUAAGAGUCAAGAAUGAUCUACCAGCCGUAGGAAAACAUUUGAAGGAUCACCCGUAUUACAUCAACCUUUUUUUCAGAAGUAAUCUAACAGCAACGGAAUCAACUUUGAGAGAAAACCUCCAUAGAUACUUGAUGGGAGAGACUCCCCUCACCAGAUAUUAUGGAUUGGAGCUUAUAGCAUUCAUAAAUACGAAAAAUAUCACGCAGAGCCCUCCAGAUAUAGAGUAUAUCUUGACACCUCCACCUUUAGAUCUUCCCCCACACGUUUACCAUACCAAUAAUGAUUAUGCACGAGUUUUCCAGGAAUACAAUACAACCACUGAUUUUUGGACUGGCGUAAUCUUGUUGACACCCAAGUCUGAGGGAUCAGUUACUUUACGUACAAAUAGUAUGUUGGAAUUUCCUUUGAUCGAUGUGAAAUAUUUUUCUGACCCCGAAGGGCGUGAUAUUGAAACAAUGUAUCAAGGUAUAAAAUUCUUUUUGAGCUUCACAGAAACACCAGCUUUCAAGAAAAUAAAUGCAACUCUCAUGAGUACUCAUCCUGGAUGUGAAGAACUAAGAAAAAGUCCUUUGGAUAGAGAUUAUUGGUACUGUGCAAUCAGGCAUGCGACCUCAACAAUUUAUCAUCCCGUGGGAACAACCAGGAUGGGACGUUCUUUCGAAGACUCUGUUGUGAAUGACGAGUGUGUAGUGCAUAAUAUGAAAAAACUGAGAGUUGUAGAUGCAGGAGUUCUACCUAAUAUUGUAAGGGGGCAUACUAAUGCAGUUACAUAUAUGAUUGCGGAAAAAAUAUCUGAUGUCAUCAAGAUUCAUUAUGGAGUAAAGUAA